CGUAGAGAUAUGUGCGCUAUUUGAGUCUCACUCUGCAUGAGGCCAAGUGAACUUCAGCAUAAACUUUACUCACUGUUAUUACUCGGGGUUUGGUCCAUCAUGUGUGAGUCCACACUUUAUCCUCAGUUUAGACUUGGCGAGUCUCGGUUUGAUCAGGGGUCCUUUUAUGGGAGGUUAAGACAUUUCCUGGAUGUGAUUGACCCUCGCACACUCUUUGUAUCAGAGAAUCAUCUAAAUGAAUGUGUGAAACUCUUAGAACAAUAUAAAGAUGGCACUCUUACCACAGGUGUGAUAAAUGCACAGCUUUGGGAGGCUCAGAAGGUAAAACAGGCUAUCUUCCAUCCAGACACUGGAGAGAAGAUCCCCAUGCCCUUUCGCAUGUCAGGUUAUAUCCCAUUUGGUACUCCACUGGUUGUAGGUCUUCCCAAUCAGACCUUGGCCUCUACUAUUUUCUGGCAGUGGCUGAACCAGAGCCAUAAUGCUUGUGUGAACUACUGCAAUCGCAAAGCAUCUAAGUCGACAGGGAUGUCAAAAUUCUUUCAAGGAUACCUGGGUGCAGUCAGCAGUGCAGUUACCAUUGCCGUGGGACUGAAUGUUCUGAUUCGGAGAGCUGAUCAUUUCAGUCCAGCAACACGACUUCUGGUCCAAAAAUUCAUCCCUUUUCCAGCUGUUGCAUGUGCCAAUGUUUGUAAUGUGUUGCUGAUGCGCCACAGUGAGCUGUCUGAAGGCAUCAGUGUGCUGGACGAUCAGGGUAACAUAGUGGCCACUUCUAAGCUGGCAGCGAGACGUGCUGUGUUGGAGACAGCUGUGACCCGCAUAGUCUUGCCCAUGCCUAUCCUGGUGCUGCCACCCAUGCUGGAGAGACUUCCCUUACUGCAGGCGCACCCUCACUUUGUGCUGCCUGUGCACAGCUUGGUGUGUCUCUGUGCAUUCGGUCUAGCUCUGCCCCUUGCCAUCAGUCUGUUUCCCCAGAAUUGCCAGAUUCAUGUAUCUCAGCUUGAGGCGGAGAUAUUCGCAGCGACUGAAUGCAAGAUCCUGACCUACAACAAAGGCCUUUAACCAAUCAAUCAUCUUGGAACUAGGCAAUAAAUGACUCAGGAGACCUUCAUAACAUGACUUGGGUGUGUGUGCUUCUUUGUGUUUGUGGGAGUGGAUUUUAUAUUCAUUUGCAUGUGAAUGACAGGUGCAUUCACAUGCCUGUGCUAAACACGGAUCUAUUUUGCAAUCACCUGCACCACUGUAUAGUCCAGGGCUUUUCUGCCAAAUCAGCAGAAAGUUAGCAUGAGAAUAACCAGAAUG